AUGGUUCAAGCAGAAAUCAAUAUGAUCAAUGCUGCUGCUGAUACUGUUAUUCCACUAGGUAUCUGGUGUUCGAAAUGGAGAAAAUUUUGGGAUAACUAUGAAUGGCGCAUGCGACACUAUUUCUAUAUACAUCUUUCGGUAUUCUUUUGCAAUACAUUGUUGUGUGGUGUUAUCGUCUGGAACAUUGAACAAAAACGUGUGCCCUAUCUUGAUUGUUGGUUUAUGAGUGCAACAUGUGUAUUCACAUGUGGAUUGGAAACCUACGAUUUUGGAUCAUUCAGUCAAGCAUCACAAAUUGUAUUACUUAUUUUUACAUUAAUCUCGGGUAUUACUGUCAGUACAGUACCUGCUAUUUUCAUCAAGAUCUAUCGAGUCAAACGCGAAAUAACACCUGAUGAGGAAACACUUUCAGCGACUGUCAAUGACAAUAGUUUGCCAAUUGCACAACUUGUUCAACUUAGUUCUUUUGAUCCUGCAUUGAAUCAACGUCUUCGAUUACUGCCUCGUGCGAAAGAUCUUCGUACUACAGCAUAUAUCAUCCUAAUUAUUCUCAUUCUUUCGACUUGUUUUACUAUUUAUUUCAUCUCAUUUCUUGCUAUUGGCUAUGCAACAUUCGAUAUAAGUUUACUGUCGGCCGGAACUGUGGUAAUUUAUGUUCUCUUGAUGGGUAUCAAACCUCAAAUGUUAUGUGCAAUUAAUGAAACACCAUUUGAAAUGGAAUGGAUACUUUUGCAGACACAGCAAACACUAGAAAAUAACGUAUCUAAUGGAAGUCAAAAUGCUAAUUUUAAAAUUUUCUUACCAUUUAAUCGAAUGCAAAAUUAUCUUUUGCGAAAAGGCUCGAUUACUAAAGCUGAAGCAAACAGAUACUUUACUUCAACAAUUGCUAUCAAUCGUGUUGAAGCAGCUCUUGAUGAACUUAAUGAUAAACGAAAUCAACAUCGUUUGAGUAUUGCAUCUGCUGAUAUGGUUUACGUGAGAAAUUGA